CGUCCGACUCCAUUCCAUGCCAUAAGCUUCCUAUCAAAACUCUCUCUUCUCUCUCUACCUCCCGAAUUUCCACCUCUCUCUCUCUCUCUCUGUUCCUUGUAUAUAUAUACACAUAUAUAUUCGAAAUUGGAAAGCGUUUGUAUAAAGAGAAGAGAUCUUCGAUUUGGGGAUUAAAAGAUUAGGGUUUUAACUAUAUGAUAUGAGGUCUGGGUGGCUAGUGGUUACUGACUUUGGAAAGAAGACAUAGCUAUGAAUUUACAUUUCAACAUUGUCUAACCAGAAUGCCAGGCAUACCUUUAGUGGCUCGUGAAACGACGAAUUCUCUUUGCAAUUGCAGCUACACUAGAAGUGCAGAUCAGAUGUGCCGCCAAGAUUCUCGCGUGCAUUUGUCUGUAGAGGAGGAAGUUGCAGCUGAGGAGAGCCUUUCAAUAUACUGCAAGCCUGUAGAACUUUACAAUAUUCUUCAACGCCGUGCUAUUAGAAAUCCUUCAUUUCUUCAAAGAUGCUUGCAGUACAAAAUACAAGCGAAGCACAAAAAAAGGAUUCAAAUGACAAUUUCCUUGUCAGGGACUUCAAAUGAUGGAUUGGAAACUCAAAAUUAUUUUCCUCUGUACAUAUUAUUGGCAAGGCCAGUUAAUAACUUUGCAGUUGCAGAGAAUUCUGCAGUUUAUCGCUUUAGUCGGGCAUGUAUCUUGACCAUUUCUACUGGAGCUGAGGGGAAGAAUCAAGCUCAAGCAAAUUUUAUUCUUCCUGAGUUUAACAAGCUGGCAGCGGAUGUCAAAUCUGGCUCUCUUGUUGUUUUGUUUGUCAGCUUUGCUGAAGUCACGAAUUCUGUGUGCGCUACUGAUCCAACCAAGAGCCAUAUGGCCAUGACAUCUUUUCCAUCAAAUGUUGAAGGAUUGUGCUUACUGGGGAAGAUGCCGAUGGAGUUACUUUAUUUGUCAUGGGAGAAAUCUCCAAACUUGAGUUUGGGGGAGAGAGCUGAGAUGAUGUCAACUGUUGAUUUGCACUCUUGUUUUGCGAAGUUAAGUUGUAUGGAUGAAGACAAAUCUAUUGCCAUUCAGAUGCCCCAUAGUUCUGGAACUGUGAAUACGCCACUGCAAGUGGAAGUCAUCAUUUCUGCAGAAGAGAUUGGGGCAAAAGAAAAAUCUCCAUAUAGUUCAUACUCCUGUAAUGACAUGGCUACUUCUUCAUUUUCUCAUAUUAUACGGUUGAGAACUGGAAAUGUCAUUUUCAACUACAGGUACUAUAAUAAUAAGUUGCAGAGGACCGAAGUGACAGAAGAUUUCUCCUGCCCAUUCUGCUUGGUAAAAUGUGCAAGCUUUAAGGGUCUGCGAUAUCACUUGCCCUCAUCCCAUGAUCUAUUCAACUUUGAGUUUUGGGUCACUGAAGAUUAUCAGGCUGUAAACGUUUCUGUAAAAACAGAUAUAUGGAGACCUGAGAUUGUUGCAGAUGGUGUCAAUCCUAAGCAACAAACAUUUUUCUUUUGUUCAAAGCCACUGAGACGCAGAAAACCAAAAAACUUAGUUCAAAAUGCAAAGCAUGUGCAUCCACUCGUCUUGGAUUCUGACUUUCCUGCAGCAUUGAAUGAGCUUCUGGACAAAACUGAUGGCCUUGCUGAGUGUGUGGAACGUGAUACAUCCAGCCCUAAUGCGACUGGGGUUUCUACUGCAACAGCUCACUCAUAUGCAGAUCCAGAAUGUGUCCAAUCUGUACCUGGAAGCAACCUUGCACCUCCUGCCAUGCUACAAUUUGCAAAGACAAGAAAGCUAUCUGUUGAACGUUCUGACCCUAGAAAUCGUUUCCUCCUGCAGAAGCGACAGUUCUUUCACUCACAUAGAGCGCAGCCGAUGGAAUUGGAGCAAGUUUUGUCGGACCGGGACAGCGAGGAUGAAGUUGAUGAUGAUGUUGCAGAUUUUGAAGAUAGAAGGAUGCUUGAUGAUUUUGUGGAUGUAACCAAAGAUGAGAAGCAAAUGAUGCAUCUCUGGAACUCAUUUGUCAGGAAGCAGCGGGUGCUCGCAGAUGGUCAUAUUGCCUGGGCAUGUGAGGCAUUUUCAAAAUUGCAUGGUCAAGACCUUAUCCAGGCACCAGCACUUCUUUGGUGUUGGAGAUUAUUUAUGAUCAAACUGUGGAAUCACGGUGUGCUUGACGCACGCACAUUGAACAAUUGUAAUAUAAUACUUGAACGAUGCCAAAGCCAAGAUGCAGAUCAUAUGAAAAGCUAAAUUUAUUCGCGUCGUCGGUAAAGGCUCUAUUUGAUUUUAAUGGGGAUGUUCUUCCUCACUAAUUUACUGAUUUGAGCUCCGUCACAUUUCUAACAUUUGUUGUACCACCUAUUCAGGUUAUUUAACUUUUGCUUAUCGGGCUACUAAAGUCCUCUUCUUCUUUUUGUCUUAUUGACAAACCCUAUAUCUUUUUAUUUAUAGAUCAUGUAUAAGAUUCAUGUGUAAUCAAUCACCUUACAGUUCUACAAAGGAAAAUGAAAGAAAAAUGCCUCUCCUUUCUAUC